AUGACUGGCAGCGAAGCGCAAAAAUGGGCCGACGCGCAUAACAUGCAGACUCUGACUACCGUAAUGGGCCCCUUGAUGGAGCCUCAACAACCUCACUGCGACCGAGGUAAAAAGUCAUGGAGCAGAUACGUCCACGGGGCCUCAGCCAUUUUCGCAUGGUGCAUAGCCCAGGGUCAAAGUGUUAUAAUGCUGUCCCCACCACCGCCAGAACGAUUUCACCCGUCCGGCUUGUCGUAUUUUCAGCUAAUUGAGGAGCCUAUCAUCAAAGGGACGGCAUUCCAUGAAGCACCAUGCUGGAUUUUGAUGGUACAUCCGAGAGUAAAGGGUGCAGAGAAUGUGUGUUACGAGAUUUGGCCUCACGAUAGCAGUUCUGCUUGGAUUGAGCGGUUUGGGUUGCAGCCUGGCGGCCGGAAUUGGAGGCAAACUGGUAAUGAGACUUUCACGAACACAGGACGGUCUACUGUCUGCACACCUUUGGCAGCAGAAGAAAAGCCAGGAAAGAAGGCUAAGAGAGCAAAAAAACUGAAGAUAUCAUCUAAAAAUCAAGCAUUGAAGGCUAAGGGGAAGAGAUUGGAGCCUCCGAAGAAAAUAGCGGAAUUGAAGCGAGAGAAAAAAGCCUGCGCCGAAAAGAAAUCGGCCACUAAGACAGAGAAACCGAAGGCUAAGAAGAAGAAGAAAGCAAAGUCUGAGAAAAAAGUGGAAGGCUAUACCUGUCCGAGCAAUAAAAGAGUUUCUGCCCUUCCAACUGGAAGUAAAAGUCAGCCUUGA